CCUGCCUUCAGUCGCACGUCCGAAGCCGAAGGAGGGGGACGCAUGCAACUGUUUUCGAUAAUCGACUGCGCGUUCCGUACGUGAAAAGCGGACAGUAUCCCGGCAGUCACGUCCGCGUAAAAACGGAUAUAUGCCCAGAAUAUUUAUUAAGUGGGUGGCUGUGCGUGACUUUUCCCCUGUGAAUAGCUAGCCCCGUAAAUGAUCGGCCGCCAAAAUAGUACGGGUGUUUGUUUGAUAACUGAAAACGUCCCGAGCCUGAAACGGUCGCAGCCGACCUGCCAACUCCUGAGAACUUCAAGUGUCGUCUCGUCUUUUACGAUAAUAAAAACUAUAUAGAAAAGCUAUAAAGUUAUCAUCAAAAUAGACUAAACAGCUGAUAAACAAUAAGUGAUCGUGUGUGACAAAUUCGAAAAUGGAACUGUGAUCGGAAACAUUUAGUGCGGACAAACUAUUUUGAUACUCGCCAAUCAAAAUGAUGGUAACGAGGGAACUGAGCGCGAGUGAUAAAUUGGACUAGUUAUUUUUUGAAGUGUGUGAGAAUGUUGCCGUAUCAGGCGGUGGCAAUGGACUACGCGGUGGCUUCGGCUGGUUUCCAUCACCACCAGCGGCCCGGCGGGCUGCCUGGAGUGAUGGGGCUACCGGGGCCCGGGCCAGGCCUCAAUCCGAGCCUAAACCCGGCCUUCACCCAUUCCUGGUUCGUACAGACAAGCCCGGAUAUCUGUCGGCAGCAACAAGCAUCCAACCAAUCGCAUCUUGAACCUGGCAUUCUCGAACUGCGAAAAGAGAAAAGUCGUGACGCGGCUCGAUCAAGGCGGGGGAAAGAGAACUACGAAUUUUACGAGCUGGCGAAAAUGCUUCCUCUCCCGGCAGCUAUCACCAGCCAGCUGGACAAGGCUUCCAUCAUAAGGCUGACUAUAAGCUACCUCAAACUACGCGACUUCUCCGGACAUGGCGACCCGCCGUGGAGCAGGGACCCCCCGCCGACAAGUAAGGCCUUGAAAGGUGCUCAAAGCAGACGGACGGCAGUUGGUCUCGCCAUGGAGCUGUUUGAGCAACAUCAGGGCACGCAUAUUCUCCAGUCCCUGGACGGGUUCGCGCUGUCAGUGGCGGCGGAUGGGAGGUUCCUGUACAUAUCUGAAACUGUAUCUAUAUAUUUAGGAUUAUCACAAGUAGAAAUGACGGGGAGUAGUAUAUUCGACUACGUGCACCAAGCUGACCACGCAGAGAUAGCUGAGCAGCUGGGUCUGUCCUUGGCAGGGAGAUCUGGAGGAGCUGGACUGAAUAGCCCUGCGUCAGGCAGCGAAGAGGGGAGUCAACACGGCACCAACAACCCUGAUGUGUCAUCACAAAUGAGCUUAGCAGCUAGCGGGCAGCUGUACCGGGGAAUGGACAGAGCCUUCUGCGUCAGAAUGAAGAGUACCCUCACUAAACGUGGCUGCCAUUUCAAAUCUUCAGGAUACAGGGUGGUGUUAAUGCUGUGCCGCCUUCGACCUCAAUACUCGUUCUCACACAGUCGGAAGUCCCCCACAGUUCUCCUGGGUAUGGUGGCAUUGGCGAUAGCAUUACCGCCGCCCUCAGUUCAUGAGAUCAGGCUGGAGUCUGACAUGUUUGUAACCAGGAUCAACUUCGACUUCAGGAUAGCGCAUUGUGAACCCAGCAGGGUUUCGGAACUACUGGGGUACACCGCGGAAGAGCUAACGGGGAAGAACCUCUACGCGCUGUGUCAUGGAGAAGACGCGAACAAACUUAGAAAAUGCCAUGUAGAUUUAAUGAACAAAGGUCAAGUGUUGACUCACUACUACAGAAUAAUGAACAAACUUGGCGGCUACACCUGGAUGCAGACUUGUGCCACAGUCGUGUGCUCCUCCAAAAAUGCAGAGGAACAGAACAUCAUCUGCGUCAACUAUGUCAUCAGCGGUCGAGAGUACCCCAACACAGUAAUGGAUUGUUGCCAAUUGGAAGAAAGUGUUCAAGGAGUGAAGCGCGAGGAAACCGCGGGCGAUCCCGAAAAUGGACCUCCUGAUACUGACAACUCAGGCGGCCCGCCUCCACCUCCACGACAUCAAGCAGAAAGAACUGAACCUCCAUCAAACAAUGACUCUGCUUCGUCUAACCCAGUACCAACCUCUGACGUCACGCACUUAACCAGACUUAACGACGCACAACCAUUACCUCUUCAUACUAACCCAGAAAGAACUUCUCCCAUGCCUGCCAGAAGACUGAAGAAGCGAAAACAUACGACUGAGGAAGAAGAAGAUAGAGAAGAGGAUAGACGAAAGUCUUCUUCCAAUCCAGGAGCGACUAUUUCCCCUACAGAACGAGACAUGACCAAAUCUAACAUAGCUAUGCCGGAAGGAGCAACUGAUGCUACCUCAGUUAGGGAUCUAGAGAAUGCAAUGUCCAAGCAUUUACCAUCGUUAGAUGGAAAAGAAAUAUCUCAUCGACCGACAGACUUUUCAACGGACGCCCUGCUAAAACAACAGCAACAAAAAUCGACCAUACAGUGGAUAGGCACGCAAAAUCAUCACCUGAACCAUCUAAAUAGACAGAUACCCGGUAACCACACGUCAACGCCAGCAUCCGCACUGCUUAGACAAUUGUAUGCAAAUAGGGAGAGCGUCAUUAGAAGUAAUUUCUUAGGAGAUGGCAGAACAGGCGGUUACUAUUCUGGUGACGGCCAAUCGGGACCAUUGCCGACCCCUCCAGGAAGCGAAGGAUCAGGUUACGGAGAACAAUUAGGACAUAAGAGCACAGAUAUUGGUACACUGGCUUACGGAGGCUACGCUGACUACCACUCGGCUAUGACGCCUCCGGGCUCAGUGUCUCCUAGGGACAAACAGCAAUAUGCAUUGUCAUACGACAAUAGCGCUUACUCUGAAGCCUUAAGACAUUCUUAUUUAGGUGAUGCGCCUUUACCUCUGAAACCUCAGGCGUAUUCAGCCGUGCCUGGUGCUUUAGACUAUGCGCCGUCAUUAGAUCAGUCUCAGUUCUUCCAUCCCCCUUCUUCUUUCCAUCUGUAUCACCCGCAAGCUCAUGCCGCCCAUUCGACUCAUUCUCACCAAAAUGUAGAUAAAUCUGUUCCACCUAACACCAAUUGGUAUUCAGCUAGCUCAUAGCCGAAUUUCCGUUAGGCUGCUCCAUGUUAAGGUGCGUAGCCUGUGGCCUGCUAUAUCCUGUGGGCAGGCGUUGGUAUAUCCGCACCUUUAAAGUCGAUCGAAUUUGCAUUUGAAUGUGUUCUUGUUUCAAACAUUGUUUUGGUUUUAUUACCGUUGUUAUUGUGUUUAAUUUUUAUUUUAAAAAUAUUGUUAACUCGCCCAUGACUUUUAAGACUCCAGUGAUUUUUUUGAAGAUUUUUACUCAUUAAUGUAUAUAGAGUUUCGUUAAAAUUAAUAGUACACUGUAUACGGACGACAAGACUUCAACUGUUUAAUACUCACAACUUUAGAAUCAUUGUUCUAUUGAUAAGAAAACUUGUGCCAAAACGAUGGUGCUUGUGCCCGUGACGAAUCGAAACUUAGCUUUAUCUCUCGCGUACCGCGGCGACCUCUAUUGAAAUGACGUAUGAGCAGGCGAGACAUUCCAUAUAGGUAAAUGAGGAUUUUAAAACUUAUUGUAAUUUGCCUUGUUGUAUUUGGAGAAAAGUUAUAUUACAAUGAAUAACUUUUUUAUAUUUCGGAGAAUAGAAGCACUUCAUUGUCUUUGUUUGGCUUACACGAGCCAAAACAAUUUUGGUUUCCUAUAACAAAUUUUUAUUGCACCGCUAAAUGCUGGAUUGUUUAGUUAACUACUUCCUGUAGAUGACAGAGUAAGUACUUUUAAAAGCCGUAUCAGGUGCAUUUAGGCGACUUAUCACGUUCGCGGACGCGCUAUAGCAGUUAAAACUUUUUUAUUUCUCAAUAACACUUCUUUUGUCUAGUCGCGUGCACGACAUGUUAAAUAAACAUUGACACUAGAGUUAGAUAGUCGAUAUCUUACCAAUUAUUCUUAACUUAUAAUAUCCCUCAUGACUGAGGGUCGUGGCCAUUACGUGGAAUGAAACAUACAACGACUUUCUGGGCAAUAUACAUUGAGUGGAAGGCAUUUUCCAUUACAUAUAACAAGGUAAAUUGUGAAAAAUAUAGGAUAAUCUUCGGAUGAACACUUGGCUAUUAAGGUGGCUAUAACUAUAGCUUAUUGCAUAUCAUUUUAAACUAAGCUUUGUAAAUUAUUGUACUAUAGCUACCCGACUGUACCUAGCAUAUAGUCACACAACUCUUCACAGUGUACAUUUUAGCUAGUAAGCAUUGUAUAUUAUUCUUAUAUCGAAAUAAGAUUUCACUGUACAUAUAUCAUACAUUAGUUUUAUGAAGUUAUUUAAUAUUUUUUUCUUAAAAGACUUCUUUUUUUUAAUGGUGUUUAAAAGAGAUAAACAAUUUGAUAUUUAAAAAAUCUGUUUAUUUAUUUUUCUAUUUCUUGGCUCAUUAAAUUUUACUAUUUUACUUACGUUCUUGUUUGUCUUUAAAUUGGUCUGUUACACCACUUCUGAUAGGGGACAAAAAUUGACGUCUUUCACAGCAAACUGAUCAGCUUAUUUUACGUAUACAUGAAUUGAUUUUGAACCUAAUCAAUCUUGAUUUUAUACCUAAUCAAUGACAGGUAUGAAGUUUAGCAGUAACUGAUGAGGCAAACCUAAGAGAUGCCAAAAUAUAAACUCGAAUUCACAAAUUGAUAAUACUCACUACAACUACUUUUGGAUAAAUUAGUCGUAUUCUUCCGAAGCCAAACGAAUUAAUAUUGUAUGUAUAAUUUCCUAUUUUUUAUAGUAAAAUUAUUAGGUUACUGCCCUAAAAUUAAAUUUAUAAUAUUUAUGCUGUCUGUGCAAUACAUGUGAAAAAUGUUGUUAAUUUCGAUUUUUAUAGGCUUCGUUGACGUAUCGUAAAUUUAAGAUAAAUAUUCUUAAAAUUGUAAUAAAAAUGUAAUUAUUACUUAAUUGGGAAUAGGCUUGUAAUUCAAUUGUCUGUUAUGUUUUCAGUAUUCGACGACUUCGACCUACCUUCAUGUAUAUUUUGUAUUUUAGUUGAUAACAAUGAACAAAAAAUUGAAGAAAGAUUUAUUUCUCUGAAUAAACGAUUAAGAAUUU